AUGGACGACUACCUCAGUUGCGACGUCGGAGACGACCCGAGCGCGCUCCUCCGGGAUGACGACGCAAGUGAGAAGAGCUUAAAGGAAUUCCUCCAACAAAACGAUAUCCUACAAAAGUACGAUAAUGAGGGGAAUGCAAAUGGCGUACCCUCAGACACAGACGACGUGUCAUCUGUGAGGCAAGCCAAAAAUACACUAGUACGAAAAAAUAUAGCUCUAAAGAUUCACAACAUAAUAGCUUCUGCCAAUCUUUGUGUAGACAUUGACUUGCGCCUAGUGGCCAUAUCCAUACGCAAUGCAGAAUAUAACCCAAGCAAGAUUAACACCCUAAUUGUAAGACUGAACAAACCCAAGUGUACUGUUCUCAUUUUUAAAAGUGGGAGACUUAUGUUAACUGGCACGAAGACCAAAGCGGAUGCUAUUUAUGGUUGCAAAAAAAUUGGAAAAAUAAUUAAGCUAGUCACAAAUGAACCCGUAAAGCUAGACGGGUUUAACAUAGAGAAUAUAAUCGCUAGUGCUGACUGUAAUAUGCCUAUACGGUUGGAAAUGCUGGCUCAUGACCACAAGGACUAUUGCAACUACGAGCCGGAGUUGUUUGCUGGGCUUGUGUACCGGUAUAAGCCAACGUCCAAGCUGAAGUCAGUCAUUUUAAUUUUCGUCUCUGGCAAGAUUAUCAUCACGGGGUGCAAGUCCGUCCAGAAACUCUACACAGUGUUCGACGAUAUUUACAACGUGCUCCUUCAGUACAGGAGUUGA